GAACACCUGAAAAAUAUAUUGCCAGUGCCAGCUGACUUACCACGAAGAGCCCGAGCCAAUUCAACCGAUCGCGAAAAAAUUCGCGAAAAUCUACAUCCAAAACUUCGCAAGCGCAGGUCGAGCGAAUCUGAUAUUCCUCAAGGCAACGAGACGAAAAGUCGUGAUCAUCCUUCACAAGGAAGAACGCGAGCUGGCAGUUGCCAUACUCCCUCCAGCUUCGGGGACUAUUUUAUCCGCCGAAGUCGUGGUAAGCUGACAGAAAACGCUAGCAAGCUGUCCGCAGAAGAAAUUCAUUCUCUGGAACUCGACAUUUUCAAACCGAUCGAUUUUUAUGAAAUAUUAUUUGAGAGAAUGCAAGUUAAAGGGGCAAAAACUGCUGCUUAA